UGUUCUUCUCGUGGUACUUCGCGCGGAGAAGGCUGUAGGCGUGUGUGUGUGUGUAUGCUAUAUAGCGACUUAACCUAAAGAGGUAAUAUAAGAGAAGGGAGUUUCCGAAUCUUUUGGGUGGACGUUGCAUUGAAAAGGGGACGAAUUUACUACUUCGGUCAGUAUUCUGCAUGCCUGGAAGUGUCAGCGGUCAUAUCUAGAGGAAUAAGCAAACAAUUGCUGUUUGUUGAAAGUACUCUGCAGAUGCCUUCCCUGUGAGACAGCCUAGGUCAUCGAAUCGAAAGACCAAGCGGACAUAAGAAUUUUCUGGGAUCCAGACCCAUAAUACAGUGCAAGCAGAGAAUAAGCAGAACCAUGAUCCAGUUUGAAUGCCGCCUCCUCAGGGGGCUGCUGGGUUUUAUUUGUCUAUUACCAGUGUGCAUAAGUGCAGCACCAGAUCUCUGCGGCCCACUGAAAACAGUACGGGAAAGCCUAAACUCAACCCUUAGGAGACGUUAUAUGAAAAUGAACUUUCCUAUUAAUUAUACUAUUCAAGUGCAUUAUGAGGAGGUGUUCAGACUACGCAACAUCAGCAGACUGAACACAAGUACUGAAGAUGAACCGGUGCAGGAGAGAGAUCUACAGGAUUUGUGGCUUUUGAUUAGUCAACAGGGUAUAAAGAGGGUUUUAAGGGUGCUGCCAGAGAGACAUCCUACACGACGUAAAUACCUCUCCAAUCUGGAAAAUCUCUUCAAUUUUGAAGCGCUUUAUAACCAGAGGAAUCCCAGCGGUGAAGAGAGAGAUCGUCCAGAGAUCAUACAAAACAUCUGGGAUCGAUUGACGGACCCAUAUUACGAGGGAUGGAAGUCUGUAACACCCAAGUCAUUACUGGAUAACUGUUAUCGGACCAUGCUUUGCCUGUUCAAAGAGUGCUUCUCAAAUGAGGAUGACAAUUAUGAUUAUUGUGAAGUCCUCAACUGGAGGAAAGGGAAGAAAACAACAUAGCAGCAGAUCUAAGCGGAGCUGAUCCUGUCUUCAUGUUGCUGGUGUUGGUGUAAAAGGGUGUUUCCCAGUGUAUGUAGUGACAUGCAUCAUGCUUGUGUGCCUCUUGUCCUUGUGACUGCCUCCACCGGUGUUACCCAUAUGGAAAAAUACAACACCACUUGGAAGACACUGUACUGACCCUGCAGCUAUUGCUCUCCGUCAUUCAGAACAUUCAUACCUCCGUCCACCCGCCUGCCAACCUGCAUAUUUAUGUGGCAUUUUGCUAAUAAAGGAUCAUGUAUGCACUGUGCGUGUGCUCUAUGGAGGAGAGAAGCUUUGACUCUUCGCUGUAGCAUUUUCUAUUGAUAAUUCCAAAAAGUCUUUGCCACUGUGACUUAUAUUUUUGAGGAAAUUAAAUAUUUUGUCCUUGAUGAAUAGCAAAACAGUAUAUUAUCAUUGCCACGUUGUAAAUGUUCUUGGUAAGAUUUAGGCAAGACGUAUAAAUAACAUGAAGCUUCUUUUGUACACGUAUCAUUUGCAUGCAAAUGUUAUGCUGACUGCUGGCUUAGUCGGCACUGUUGCUUUUACCCAUUGGCUCUUUACUUUGUGCUUUACUGCUGGUUCGAUGUUGAAAGUUGGCACCAAAGUACUCCAAUAAAAAAAGCUUUUUAAGGUGACCAAGAGGGUUUGAUAUCAUAUGUUUUAUACACAGAUUUUAAUCUAGGUUAUUUAUUUGGGCUCCUGCCUCAGAAUGUUCUGGUAACUGUUGUAACAUGGCUUGGAAAUAAAUCUCCCACUAUCACCCUCA